AUGGCUCCUGCCACGUCCGUCCCGCCUGCGCUCCCUCCCUCGGUGGAGGAAGCGUACCGCCGCAAAUGCAUACAACUUAAGCAACGAACCAGCGAGGUUGAAGAAGCCAACGACGCAGCCAGGCUACGCCUCGCUCGCCUUAAGCGCCAGGUCGAGAAGAUGCGAUUGGAGCGAGCCUUCCUGCUCGAGCAGUUAGUGAAGCGAACGAGCGCGAACGUGGAGGAUUCAGACGGCAGCCCGAGCCCACCGCCGACACCCAAGGAGAAGCCGUUGCGCAUUAAGCGUGGGCACCGCAAGCCCUCGGCGUUUCCGGCCAACCUCGAAGCCCCGUCGUCUGUCAACGCCGCCACCCCCGGCUCGACGACGUUUAUCAGUCAGAACCUGCUUGUCCACUCGCCUAGCUCGGACGCCUACUCCGCCGGCAAAACCAACGGUGUUCACAAGGACGCGCCUAAGAAGCCCGGGAGCGCAUUCGACCUGUACUGCGAAGACGCCAGGUCCAAGGCCAAGGAAGGCGAUACCACGGAGGAGGAGCUUUCCAGCGGCUGGAAGGACCUGCCCGAGAGCCAGCGCGACGAGUACCAAUCUCGCGCCGACCGCCAAAUGGCAGAGUACGAGAAGGAGAAGGACGCGUACGAGGACGCCAAGGAGAAGGAAGCCGCAGCCGCAGCCGCAGCCAGCGCCAAGGAGGCCGCGGAGGAGGGUAACGAUAAAGCUGAGUCGACCGAGUCGGACCAGGCUGCGGCCGAGGCGGGAGAGGAACGGGAACCACAGCAGCAGCCACAGCAGGAGGAUGUUGAGAUGACAAAUUACGACACGGACCAGGAGACGCAGGGGGAGAGGACCGAGGAGUAG